CAACGAAAUAACGAUAUUGAAAAUAAAAUUUUAUAAAUAAAAUUUCAUUCGAGACGAAUCGAUUUCCAAUUGUUUUCAAAUAUUUUACUUUUCGAAUUGAUUAAUUUCAACUUUUAUAGCUUGAAUCAUGUAUUUUCUUAAAAUUUCGCUUCUUAUUGUAAUGAUUGUCAUGAUCAACGUUGUCGUUGGAUCUAAUGAUAAUAAUGAUAAACCAUCGGAAUCGAUUAUAAAUCCAUUUUUAAACGAUGAUAUGAUUGAACCAGUUGAAGAAUUAAAUAUUGAAGAACCAUAUUUAUGGCAAAUGGCAGCAUUUGCAGCAAGACAAAUGUCGGAUAAACGUAUCAAAUAUAAGCUAAUGGAAUUGACUUCGGCCGAGAAAAUCGAUACCAUUUAUCGUCUUCGUGUUACAUUGAAAAAAAUCUUUAACACCGAUUAUGAUGCUAAAAAUAAUGUUUUAUACUGUACAGUUGAAGUGAAUAAUGAUGGUCAACAAUUGGAAAUGGAAAAUUUUGGCUGCACAAUUCCGGCAAUGAUUCGUGUUCGUGAUCGUAAUAUGGAAAAAUCUGAUUCAUCCAAUUCUAAUUCAGUGGAUAAAAUACAAACAAAUGAAUAUGAUGCCAAACAACAACAACAACCAUCAAAAUAUCAACCCAUUAAUAAUGUUAUUCCCAAUGAAAAAACUAUCGAUCCAAUUGAAUUUAGAAAGGAAAAAUUACAACAAACAUUUUCAUCACCAUUUCUUUAUCGACAGCCAACAAUUUUUACCCGACCACAAAUGUUUAGCUAUUAUCAGCCACGAUCAACAUAUACCUAUCAAGAGGUUCGACCAAAUUAUCGUUUCUAUUAUUAGAUUAAAUUAUUCAUUCAUUCACAAUUAAUAUGAUGAAAAUUGUGAUUGAAACAAGAAUGAAUUAAUCAACUUCAAUUACAGAGAAAAAAUUACUUAUGCAACACGCUGA